GACUAGGACGAAACAACAAAACCUAUUGUGGGGGAACACAAAAGUAUUGCUUGGGAUGGGAACGCAGGACCUUGGCAGGUAUCGCAAAAAAGAAAAAAAAUCCUCCAUCUUCCUUACGGGCAUCCGUAGUUCCGUGCUUAUUCACGUAUUUAUGAGACGAAUGUCGAAACUCCUCAGCUACACAAAGUAGUUGAGGAGUAGUAUUGAAAAAGUAAGGCUAACCAUUUUAUAUUUUUUCGCGUUUAUUUAUUUUUUUUCUUUAGAGGGUUGUUAAGCUUUUAUCUCGGGCUUAACUGCACUUCCGUGUGCGUUCUUGAUGAACGGUUUCUCUUUUGAAGGCGCCUGCUGCUAAUUCAGUAGACAGGCAGUUCUGUAAAACAUAUCAGGUUUGGGUUUAUCCUAACCACGAAGAGGACGCCUAGAACCAAAAUGGGAACCACGUACGGAGUCAGCUCACCUUCACCGACACGAAGUUCUGGUGAACCUGCCAUCCCUCUUCCAUUGGACAUAAUGGAAGAAAUCUUCCUAAAUCUGCCCCCCCAACACGUGGUGUGUGUGUGUCGAUUAGUGUGCCGCCAGUGGAAAGAUGUGGCCGACAGCGAGUCUUUUUGGAGAGAAAGAUGUAGAAGAGAGGGAUAUCAACUCCGUGAUCCUUCCAAAGUACCCAGCAACUGGAGGUUGUUUUACUUCUUGUGCAAGAAGAGGAGAAAUCUCAUAAAGAAUCCAAGAGCAGAAGAUGAAUUUCGAGGUUGGAGAAUCCUGAGGAACGGUGGACAUAAGUGGAAAAUAGAGGGAACUUUUGGGCAACAUUCAAAUCCAGCAGUCCAGAAAAACUAUGUGACCUCAUUUGAUUGGUGCACAAAAGAGCAGGUGAUUAAUUUGAAGGACGAAGGUUACAACCCAUCAUUUAUGGAUGAGUUCCAGCCACACAUCCGGAUAUCUGACUGGUAUGGAGCGCGUUCGGAUUGUGGAAGCAUCUAUAUUAUUUCUGUGCAGCUACUAGAUCACAAGAAAAAUGUUCUCCAGAACUUCAGUCCAGAGCCUGUUAAUAUUCCACAGUGGAAUGAUCAGCAGUGGCAUCAAAUGGUGCAUGUCUUCAAGGACUAUGGACCAGGAGUGAGAUAUGUCCGUUUCACUCAUGGUGGCAAAGACACACAGUUCUGGGCUGGAUGGUAUGGCAUUCGUGUAACAGAAAGCUGUGUUGAAGUUUGUCCAGCAUUGGACAACUAGCUUAUUGAUGUAACUGUGUUAGAAAGACAGCUCUGAAUACCUUUGAGUACUUUAUUGAGGAAAAAUAUUAACCUUUUGGCUUUCUAAGCAAUUUUAACUCAGAGACAUCUUGUCACGUACUGACAAAAAACAUGUAAGUCAGGAAGGUUUUUAUCCUGAUGGCAAACGUUUAAUUAUUCUGUUAAAUCUCCCCUACACACAUGCCUCAAAAUAUGUGUAAAUUGUCUAAAGACUCUUUAUACGUAAAGUGAAUUGAUUUUUCUAUAACUUGAAUGUAAAAGCAGCCAAAGUUUGCAUUUACUUGUUUGUAGAUUUCUACAUCUGUAACUCUAGAGCUAGAGCUGACAUACUGCUGAACUAUGUGACCUAACAUAAUCAAAAGUCCAUUAGUCAAUUAAACAAUUAAACAAUCCUGCCUCACUUACUAACACAAACAAUGCAAUAUAAAUAGUUGGAAUUGCUUCAAAACGGUUUAAAUGUAUGUAUCUUACCUGUUCUGGAAGACAACGCCACUGCCUUUAUUCCUCUUCUAGACUAAUUUGCACAUUUAUUUUCUACCAACUGCUAUGUCUUAAAUACAACCAUCAGCUUUUUCUGAGAUGUUAGCUGAAUAUGUAUUCUCGUUAUGAUGCCUUUAUGUAUGUGGUGUUACGAUUUAAGAGAAACGUCAAAUUUGCACUUUCUGUAAAUGCAUAUUCUUGACUUGCAAAUAACAGCCUCAUUUUAUGCAGCUGUCAAAGUGACGUCCCUUUAAACAUACGUAAUGUUAAUACUGAAAUUUGAAGUUAUGUAUUUAUUGUUGAAGUAUUUGUCUUUGGACAGUCAUGAAUAUUUUUUUACUACAUGUCCUUGUUAAAUGUGGACCAAAUUCACAGUUGGUCAAAAGAGCAAGUUUUUAAACACAGGUCACUGCAAUGUUAAAUAGAUAUUACUUUUGAAACCUACUUGUGUGUAAAGGAUUCAUAAUCACAUUUUUUGUGGCAGCAUCGUAUGACAAUAUGAUCAAGUAGAGUGUUCAUAAAAUCUUCCGAUUCAAUAAAAGGUUUUGCUAUAUUGAA